GAGAAGAGAUGGAGUGGGAGAGCCUAGCUAUACUAGCCUAACUAAUAUGUGUUUCAGUCUUUGGAGAAUGGAAGUGGGCAUUGUGAUGGUUCCUGCAGUAUAAGCUCGGAUGUGGUUGCCAAAGGAUGAAAGGGGUUUUAGCUUUUGCUGUGACUUGGGAGCACUUUUUUGAAGCUUAUCACAACAAAAACAAACAAUCACCUUUACAUCAAUAAAGUCGAAUGGUGGGUUUGUCUGCUGUAAAAUAAAGCAAAGUCAAUAUCUUUACCAUCACUUUCGAUUGACUUGUAUUCAAAGCCACAAACCAGAGACUAGUCAAAAGAAGUAGCACUAGAGGAUCAGCUAAGUUUGAGAUUGAAGCAUAUAUAGAUCGUUGGUGGUCAGAGGGGCAGGACUCAUUCUGUGCCAAAGCGUAUUAACUUCACCCUUCAAGGCUUGUUUUGUGAAUGUUGUUCCCUGAAACCGACAUUUUAUGGUCUUGAGUAUCUUAUUAGUUAUGAUGAGUCCAUCAUAGUAUCUUCUUCCUCUUAAUUUUUGUUUUCUCUCUCUCGAAAUGUCAACUUGUUAAAGUGGUCACCAACUAAUUAGAGUUGACUUAUUUAAGCCAACGAACUUUAGAUCCUUUACCAUGUCUCAGCAGCCAACUACAAACUUUUAUGGAGAGAGAGAGAAAGAUAGAUCGUGGCCAAAAUAAGAAAAGACCCUUGGAAAUAGUCGUAAUCUGAAGCUUCUCUACACGUUAACGAGAAGAAAAAAAGGAAAGGUAUAUUUUCUUGGUGCAUCAUCUUCUUCUCUGCUCUCAAAAGUCAAGACUACAUUCACUUGAUGUCUGCAUCGGAUCGGCAAAUUUAUGCAUGGGAAUAGUGAGUCGUGGGAGAGAUGAUGAUGCAAUGCUUAGAUGGAUUAAAGCACUUAUCCUUAAUUCUGUUGACUUGUUGUGAUGCUGAUCCUCCCAAGGGUCGUCAGAACCCUAAGGAUGUGGCUAGAGGCACUGUGUUUACUGUGAAUGAAAUUGAAGCUCUUUACGAACUGUUCAAGAACAUUAGCAAAGACGGGCUUAUCGAUAAGGAACAUUUUCAAUUCGUACUAUUCAAGAUAAACACAACAAGAAGCCUUUUUGCUGAUAGGGUAAAAAGACUUGGUAACUUACCCAUCUGGAUUUCAUUGCUGUACGCUUUGCAGGUGUUUGACUUAUUUGAUACCAAGCAUACUGGGAUUCUAGAUUUUGAAGCCUUUGCUCGUUCUCUUUCCGUCUUUCACCCCAACGCUAAAUUUGAGGAUAAGAUUGAGUUUUCUUUCAAGCUGUAUGAUCUGAAGCAGCAAGGCUCUAUAGAGCGACCGGAGGUGAAGCAAAUGGUGGUGACGACUCUAGCUGAAACUGGCAUGAACCUUUCUGAUCAUGUGAUUGAGAGCAUCAUAGACAAGACUUUUGAAGACGCUGAUACUAAAAAGGACGGCAAGAUCGAUAAGGAAGAGUGGCGGACUCUUGUAUUGCGCCAUCCCUCUCUGAUACAGAACAUGAGCCUUCAACAUCUCAAGGACGUAACGAAGACGUUUCCAAAUUUUGUAUUUCACACUAUAGUGUCAGACAAUCAUAGUGAGCUGGAGGCAUAUGGAUGUUCAGGGAUAUGAAGAAAGGACCAAAAACUUUACAAGAUUCAUUCUUUCUCCUAUAUUUCUUCUCCAUUAGUCCAUUAUUUUUAACAAAUACAAGAUCACAAACGUUUUGAAAACUACAUUGUCUCUUCACAGGUUUGUUAUCCGCAAACUUGUCCCGUUUAUCUUAUCUGUUGGAUUGUGCAAGUUGAUAAUUUUACUUGGCAUUAAGAGAUUAUGAUAUCCUUCUAUGUAUGUAUAAACUUUGUUUUCACACCAAUCUAAUUGUACCUGAAAA